AUGACGCCACCACUUACUAACAACAACUCUGAACAUGACCCACAGAUACAACAUAGCACAAUGGAACACCUCAACUCUCCCACAAAUAAACUGAAAAGGUACAAUCAGGACGAAAAUACUGACUUUGAAGGCUACAUUAUACCCAAGAAAAUUUCGUACGCACCAAGACCAACUAUCAUACCGACGAGAACAUCCAACAGUUUUUCUGCAUUACAGACAAUGAAUAAUAACACGGACCCUACACCAUCCAGUAGUAACAAUACACAAUACAAAAACUCUACCACGCCAAAAACGUUUAAACCACCUCCUAUUAUUAUCAGACCAGCAAUGUCCGCUAUGGCAUUACGAAAAGCUCUAUUAGAUGCUAAAAUCAAAAACUUUACCAUUCGUUCAAAUAGGGACGAAACCAAAUUGUAUUUGGACCUCAAACCAGACUACGAAGCUGCAAUACAUGUCCUAAAUGUCAGCGAUGAAAUUCAUUUUCACACCUACUCCCCACGCGGUUCAAGGCCGCUUAAUAAAUUCAUCAUUAAAGGUCUGGACCUUGACCAUGACCUUGAUUCAAUUACUGAAACCCUCCAAGCCCGCUUACCCGGACUCAAAUCUGUAUGGAGGAUGAAAAAGACCGACGCAGAUGGCUUCAAAAUAGAACUGCCACAUAUUAUAGUCCCGACCGACCCUGACACUACCAUUGACAACCUCAAAGCAGCUCAUGCUGGAAGAAAUACAGCACCAAACCCCAGACAAGAUCAAAAGGGUAAAGCAUCACAAGCUCCGCCCACCACCUCAAGACCCGACUCUUAUGCGGGAGUAGCCCACCUAGCUCCCCCUCCCACCACCCAAUCCCCACCCUAUGAACAGCCCCCAUGGGUCUCCGAACUCGGGAUUGCCUCCUCGGUUGCAGAGCCCUGGAUGUGUAGGGGUUGUCCCCCUAUCAUUCUUGGCGGUCUUACCUUAUCCUAUCCUCGCAACGUCAGGGGAUUGCCUCCUCGGUUGCAGAGCCCUGGAUGUGUAGGGGUUGUCCCCCUAUCAUUCUUGGCGGUCUUAUCCUAUCCUCGCAACGUCAGGGGAUUGCCUCCUCGGUUGCAGAGCCCUGGAUGUGUAGGGGUUGUCCCCCUAUCAUUCUUGGCGGUCUCUAUCCUAUCCUCGCAACGUCAGGGGAUUGCCUCCUCGGUUGCAGAGCCCUGGAUGUGUAGGGGUUGUCCCCCUAUCAUUCUUGGCGGUCUUAUCCUAUCCUCGCAACGUCAGGGGAUUGCCUCCUCGGUUGCAGAGCCCUGGAUGUGUAGGGGUUGUCCCCCUAUCAUUCUUGGCGGUCUUACCUUAUAUACCUUAUCCUUCUCAUCCUAUCUAAGCUUGUACACCCCAUUCUUACAAACUUAA